GAUGCACUCGCAGGAUGUGGGGAAGCAGGUUGAAGGGCUGCAGGAGAAGGAGGUGCAAAAGAUCGUCUUCCGGAAUCUCAGCAAGUUGAUGACCCCCGCCAAGGAGGCCGUGCUGUUGGCCCGAAAACUUCAAGACAAGGGACUCAUCGCCCGCACCUUAUGCUCUGUGGGCGAAGUCGAAGCCAGCGUCGGGAAGUGGGACGCCGCCUUGGCGGCCGUCGCGGAAGCCGCGGUGCUGGGCCGGCAGGUGGGCGCCAGAGCCACCGAAUCGCGCGCUUUGGUGUUAAGCUCGGAGCUCCACUUCAGGAAGAAGGAGAUGGCCUUGGCGCGCGAGGAAGCGGAACGAGCCUUUCAACUCGUGAAGAAGACCUUCAGCUGGGAUGCUCGCCGCAACGCCGAGCGCGCGCUGAAGCGUGUGGGUCUGAUGCCCAGGUACGAUGACUGA